GGUCACAACCUCAACACAGAACAAAACACCAAACAUGCCUCCACGACGCAAAAGCGCUCCAGCAGGACGUGUCUAUAAGUCUGCAACUCCAUUGCAGCAAACAAAACUUGCGAAUCCGAAAAAGCGCAUCAAAUCCUACGGAAAGCAGACAACUAGACGUGCAAAGGAAGAUAGCACGCUCACGCAAAUUGGAUUUGUGAAGCUUAAGGACCGUCCGGAGGAGGAAUCUGAAGAGGAGGAAGAGGAGGAAGAGGAUGAAGAGUCAGACUACGAGAAGGCAUCCAAGAAGCGCAAGAGUAAGCGGAGGAAGACUGAGGGAGAUAAGCCAUCUGCGACUCCGCAAUACCAUACGCAAACUAUCACACAGCUUGAUUGGAGCUUCUCUACGAUCAACGAUGAUGAAGAAGAAGCAUCAGAAGAAGUGCAAGGAGAUGUAGAAGAAAGAGGUUCCAUAUUCGAUGUGCCAAGCUCCUCACAGUCAGUCCACCUCCCAAGAAAUUUCCAGAGACUUUCUGGUCCUGCCAGCGCUGGUCCAAGCAGGAGAGAAGAAUCGCCUAUUCUAGACAGGACAAGAGAGGAAACCUCAAACUUGGAGAUGCCCCCACCUCAAACACCUCGGAGAGUCUUGCCUCAAGAGAUCCCGUCCUCCCAAUCCCCAGCCACGCCCCUUUCGAUACAAUCCCGAGGCUCUACAAGACAACGUUCUCCCUUGAAAGAGAAGCCUGUCAAUGCUCCUAUACCAUUUAACACGAAUCGUAAGGCUCAGAAUGGUGCCGAGAAGCGUCCCAAACUCAAGAUAGAGGAUACCUUCGAAAGCAGGAAUACCACAAGCCAAGUAGGGGAUAUCCCUUUCUCGCCUGACAAACCUUCCAGUCCAGCGAAGAGCGUCAGAUUUGCACUUCCAGAACGCGAGGUCGAAGAGGAAGUCGAAACUCCUGCAACACCUUCUAUCAAGAAAGAAUCGACUCCAUAUCCAUCGCAGAUGGCUACUCAGCAACAAAUCAAGUUUGAGAUUUUCGACUCUGAUGAAGAUGAGGAAGAUGAUCUAGAUGAGGAGGAAGCAUCUAACCAAGCGGAAAUCGAUGCACCCGAGUCAGCCGUCAGUGUAUCUCAACCGCAACAUGACGAAGAGCCGGAGACUUUCUAUGGCGACAUUGGCCGAGAGACACAGUUUGAAGCUGAUCGUAUAGUAAGCUCACUAGCGGAAACAACAUCGAGCAAUAUAUCAGGAGAUACGGACGAAUCUGAAAAGGUUACGAGUGGUGUAACGCAGACUAGACAAACUCAAAGAAUUUCGAUCAAAGAAGUCAAUUCAAUGGCCCCUCGGACAGAGAACUCAGAUAUCUUCAUCUCAAUCCAUCCUCAACAUGUCACAAAUAUUGUCAAUCGGACGAAAAAUCACGAGAGGCGAAGCUGGGCAUUUUCUCCAUCAGUCUGCCGAGUAUGGAUAUACGAAACAAAGCCCGCCUGCUUAUUGAAAUAUAUGGCUGAGAUAAGUCCUGCAAAGAAGCCAGGUGAAAUUCUCGAUACGAACGGUCUCGGCAAUGCAGAAUUCAAUUCCAACCCUCGUAAGAAGUCUUGGAAUGCAUAUGAGAUCCUACAACUCUACGAGCUUGUAGAUCUAGUGCCACUCUCUCGGAUCGUUUCAAAUGGUUGGAUGAAAGCUGCACCUCAAAAAUUCGCUUGGGUGCCUCCAGCAGUAGCUGACGAGCUCAUUGCUAAUCUUAAGCCUCCAUUGUUCACCAACACUACUCAAACUGGGUCUUCACCCAGUGAUCCUGCUUCGUCGUCAACGGAUACCCAAGAGGUCGAGGAGCAACUGCUUAACACAAUCAGCCAAUUUACUCAGCCAGCUCAGCCAAGUCCGUCACUUCAGUCCUCGGGGCCUGCGACUAGUGAAUCCAUCAUUGUAAAAGCAGAAACAAUGCCACCACCGAGCUCCUUCCACCAGGAGACACCUGGAAGACCAAGCAGCCCUCCACAUCUCUCCCAAGCGGAGACGGUGGAUCUCACUCAAACCCCGCUUCCCAAUCACCCAUCACAAGCGGAGGAAGAUGAGAUAGUCUGGGAAUCGCCAGCUCGACCAGUAGCUUCAAGCACGCCUCUGAAAUUACCGACGCCUAGAUCAGCACGCUCAGACCGACAUGGCCCCGAUUCCAUUCUUCCUUACUCCAUGUCUUCAUCGCAGUUUCUGUCCAGAAGCCAGUUAUUACCGGAGAGUCUUCUAAAUGAGGUUGUACCAGGACCACCUCAAUUUGUACAUGAUUCCGACUCUGAGGAUGAUGAGCUUUGAUGCACGUGGUGGAAUAGCUGGGUAGCUCUUAGCUCUUUGGAAAUUGAACGCUGUCGUAUGACGAACAAGGCUAUAGGAUAUAA